AUGUAUGUCAUCAAUUCAUAUCCGUGGCACUCCACAAAGCUCGCUCAUGCACAUCAUGAGCUGACUCGUCAGCCGGCCGAGUGGGAUAAAACCGAGGAUGAAAAUGGCUGGCAAGCAGACAACAUUGGUCUCAAAUUGGAACUUGCAAAGUACCAUCCGAUCAUGUUUCCUUCCACCGAACUGAUGUACAUGUUUGAAGCCGGCGAAAAGUUCCGUUACUGGUAUUUCAUUCGUCUCACUGUCUUCAAAAUCACCUUUCCAACGAACAUGGAUAACAUGGACGACAAAUACCAGGAUAUAAAGGCAAAAGAGGAUGCCCUGAAAGUCCCACAAAAGAUCAUUGAAAGAAUUGGAAGCAUGUCUGCCUUCGGAGGUCCUGUUUCCGGUUGUUCCUCCCCUAAUUAUCCUAGUAUACAGAAUGCUAUCAAGAGUGUGACCGACUAA